GAGGUCGUGGGUUUGGGGUCGCAGGUGUGAAGGGUGCCUAGGUGCCUGGAGUCUGUCUCUAGUGAGCCAGUUUUAUGUGGGAAGAAGCGAGAACUGUCCCUUCCCAGGCACCUGUCACUUGGAAAGUGCGGUUCCCGCCUGGAUGUUACAGCUACCACCGCUUGAAGAGCUCUUGGCGAGCGCGGCGUGUGGCCCCUGGCGGCCAUGCCGCAUGACCCAGUUAGCCGCUCACACACUGGCCGCAUUUCAGUGACUCCAGUCCUGCGGAGGCCCCCUCCUUUCAGGGGCCUAUUCCAGCUCUGACCAUGUGGACCGCAGAUGAGAUUGCUCAACUGUGCUAUGAGCACUAUAGGAUCAGGCUGCCCAAGCAAGGGAAGCCUGAGCCAAACCGAGAAUGGACUUUAUUGGCAGCUGUAGUGAAGAUCCAAUCUCCACCUGACCGGGGCUGUGACACAUCUGAUAAGCCAGUGCGAGUGACAAAGGAAGUUGUCUCAAUGGGAACAGGAACAAAAUGCAUAGGCCAGUCCAAAAUGAGGAAGAGCGGAGAUGUCCUCAAUGAUAGCCAUGCCGAAGUCAUAGCCAGAAGGAGUUUCCAAAGGUACCUUUUCCAUCAGCUCCUAUUGGCAGCCACUCUGAAAGAAGAUAGUAUCUUUGUCCCAGGAACUCAAAGAGGACAAUGGAAACUCAGACCAGACCUCUUUUUUGUGUUUUUCUCCAGCCACACACCCUGUGGGGAUGCCUCUGUCAUUCCAAUGUUUGAGUCUGAAGAGCAGCCUUGCUAUCCUGUCAGCAGAGAUUGGGCUAAAACCUCAUCUGUAGAAGCCAGUGGUAACCUGGAGGCUCCUGAAAAUAAAAGAACUCGUGAAGACCCUGACAGUCCUAUAAUUAAAAAGAUGAGGCUUGGAAUUCCUGCCAGGUUGGUCACCAACAGUACAGCUCACUGUGACGAGCAAGGCAGUGACCCAGUCACACCAGAUGUCAGCAGCCCUAACGUCCCUUUAGAGGAACUGGCUUCUGUCACCGGAAUAGCCCCUUAUAGUGUGAAAGUGGUGGACGUUUAUAGAACUGGAGCCAAGUGUGUGCCCGGAGAAGCUGGAGACCCUAGGAAGCCAGGUGCUGCAUAUCACCAGGUAGGGCUGCUCCGAGUGAAGCCAGGCCGGGGAGACAGGACUUGUUCCAUGUCCUGCAGUGACAAGGUGGCCCGAUGGAAUGUUCUCGGGUGCCAGGGCGCACUGUUGAUGCAUUUCCUAGAAGAACCCGUCUACCUGUCCGCUGUGGUCAUCGGGAAGUGCCCGUACAGCCAGGAAGCCAUGCACAGAGCACUGGUUGGGAGGUGUCAGAAUGUCUCAGCUCUACCCAAAGGCUUUGGAGUUCAAGAACUGAAAAUGCAGCAGUCACAUUUACUGUUUGAACAGAGCCGCUGUGCAGUGCAGACAAAAAGAGCUGACAGUCCAGGUCGACUUGUUCCUUGUGGGGCAGCAAUCAGCUGGAGUGCAGUUCCUGAGCAGCCACUGGAUGUUACUGCCAAUGGUUUUCCACAGGGAACAACAAAGAAAGGAAUCAGAAACCUGCAGGCGAGGUCCCGAAUCAGCAAAGUGGAACUCUUCAGAUCAUUCCAGAAGCUGCUAAGCAGCAUUGCAGAAGACAAGUGGCCAGACUCCCUCAGGGUACAGAAGCUACACACCUACCAGGAAUAUAAAAAGGCUGCCUCUACUUACCAGGAGGCCUGGAGUACACUCCGGAAACAGGCAUUUGGAUCCUGGAUCAGAAACCCACCGGACUAUCACCAGUUUGAAUGAGAAGGAAAAGUUUUUAGAAAGCUUGCUAAUCUUGAAGGCCACAUAAUCCCAGGACUGCUGAUGGUGUCCUUUCCUCCCACAUAGAGCCAGCUGAGUAUGAAGCCAUCGGGGGAAACAACCAGGAGAACCAAAGCUCUGCUGACAUUGUUUGGAUCCCUGUGCCUCAAUUAUGUGACACAAAUUCCUGUUGCUACAACUUAGCCUGUGGGAGUAGGUUUCCUGACUUUCAGCUGAGUUCUCCCUGAGCACAUACAAGUCCCUGCAGCAAAUCAGCAACAGACCUAGCAACCAAUCCUGUUGAACAUUAAAUAUUUAUCUCAGCUUCUUCACACCUUGAGUAAUGGACUGAAACUAGAAACUUUCCAUGUCAAGGGUUAUUCAAGAAUACCUGUCAGAACUGAGCAUUGUGGCAGAAAGACAAACGUCAUCCUGCACUGCCUACACCAGCAGCGGGACACAAAGAAUGCCACCAAGAAGAGGGACUCAGAGCAGGUGGAGCUGGAGGGUGAAAGCAAGGUGGUGUGGACUGACUGACAGGCACAAGGAUACCCAGGCCUGUGAUGCCCCCCACCCAUGUCCAUACUCUUCCAAUCUUGCAGGAGCCCGUGUAUUUUCUCUGAGAUUUUAUGCUGUGACACAUGUCAUACAUUUGUGAAAAGGGACUCAAACCCUGUAGGGUGAUGUCAAUAGUGCUUUUUAAACACAUUCUCUACUCUCCCCUGCCCAGGUUCCCAUGCCAGAGACCAGGUGUGUCCUUGAGUGUCUGGAGCCGGGGAUCCUGCUGCUACUAGGUGGCAGGGUUGGGGCCACAUCAGGACAGCUGUGCAGCUUAUGUCCCCACAGCUGGGCCCUGCACCUUGGCCCAUCAGAUUUUGUUAGUGUUUUUUUGUUGUUGU